CUCUCUCUCUCUCUCUCUCGUUUCUCUCUUUCUCUAUUUGUCCCCCUCUCUCUGUCUAUCUGUCUCUCUGUGGUGUGAGGAGCCAUAAGCGAGUGUAUGUGCCUGUAUGCAUGUGUGUACUGAGGGAUAAUGAAAUGCAAGCAUUGUGCAGCCUCCAGGGAGCUUCUCCCAGCCUGAGGAUGUGAGAGAAUCGGAGGCUGAAAGAGGGAUCUUCUUCGAGCUGCAGGCCAAGCUUUCUGUACAGGCCUGCCUUCUUUCCCUCUCUCUGUUUCUCUCUAUCUCUGUCUGUCUCUCUCUAUAUCUACCUCUACCUUUCUCUCUUUCUCCAUUCCAUUUUUGAUAGGCAUCUCUUGCUUAUUUUCCCCCCUCAUUAUUCUUGUAGUAAGCGAGGGGAUCGUCAUCCCCCUCAUCAACCCUUUUUUUGUGGUGGUGGUGUUGGUGGCUCCCUCCUCCUCCCCCACCUCUCCAUCUCCACCUCCUCCCCUCUCUGUCUUUUUUUUUCCUUCUGUUCUUGAAGAGGAUCUCUCUGGAAUAGCAAACCUCCAUGUAUGACAAUUUGUACCUGCAUGGAUUUGAAGACUCGGAGGCGGGCUCAGCUGAUUCCUACACUAGCAGGCCGUCCGAUUCAGAUGUGUCAUUGGAGGAGGAGAGGCAGGAUGUGGGGAGUCAGGGCCGGCAAGAACGAGAGCAACAGGCUGCCAUACAGUUGGAGAGGGCAAAGGCCAAAGCGGUGGCCUUCGCCGUGAAGACUAAUGUCAGUUAUUGUGGAGCGCUAGACGAAGAUGUGCCCGUGCCAGGAACAGCCAUUUCAUUUGAUGCUAAGGACUUCCUGCAUAUCAAGGAGAAGUUCAAUAAUGACUGGUGGAUCGGGCGGCUGGUGAAAGAGGGCUGUGAGAUCGGCUUCAUCCCCAGCCCUCUGAAGCUGGAAAACAUCCGAGCCCAGCUGGAGCAGAAGAAGAGCCGUGUUCAAGGUAAGUCCAGCGGAAGUUCCUCCUCCAGUUUGGGGGAUGUGAUGUCAUCAGGCAAGCAGAAACAAAAAGUGACUGAGCAUGUUCCUCCCUAUGAUGUGGUGCCCUCAAUGAGGCCUGUGGUUCUGGUUGGCCCGUCCCUGAAAGGAUAUGAGGUGACUGAUAUGAUGCAGAAGGCUCUCUUUGACUUCCUGAAACACAGGUUUGAUGGCAGGAUAUCCAUUACCCGUGUGACUGCUGACAUCUCCCUGGCUAAGAGAUCUGUGCUGAACAACCCGAGUAAGAGAGCCAUCAUCGAGCGUUCCAACACAAGAUCCAGUCUCGCUGAAGUGCAGAGUGAGAUUGAGCGUAUCUUCGAGUUGGCACGCUCCCUGCAGCUGGUAGUGCUGGACGCAGACACUAUCAACCAUCCGGCUCAGCUGAUGAAGACGUCACUAGCUCCCAUUAUCGUUCACGUCAAAGUGUCCUCACCGAAGGUCCUACAAAGACUGAUUAAGUCCAGAGGGAAAUCUCAGAGUAAACAUCUCAAUGUGCAGCUGGUAGCAGCUGAUAAACUAGCGCAGUGUCCACCGGAGAUGUUUGACAUCAUUCUGGAUGAGAAUCAAUUGGAGGAUGCAUGUGAGCACUUGGCCGAGUAUCUGGAGGCGUACUGGAAGGCCACACACACCUCUAGCAGCACUCCACUCAACCCGCUGCUGGGACGAAACCUCGGCCCCUCUGCCCUCGCUCCAUACCCCUCUACCAUCUCUGGCCUGCAGAACCAGCAAGGCCAAAGGACGCGGCAUGCCAACCACACAGGAGACCACUCCACAGCCAACGAGCGGCGCAACCUGAUGACCCCAGAUGAAAACUACCACAACGAGCGCCCUCAUAAGGCCCGCGGAAAUCGCAGCUCAUCGGGGUCGCAGCAGGGCCGAGAGCACCAUCACUACAUGGACGAGCAGCAGGACCCUUACCAGGACAGCUACAAACCACACCGCAACCGCAGCUCACCGGGCAGCUAUAGCCAGGACUCUCACCACCGGCUUUGAGCAUCCCCUGCGCUUGAGUUCAUUGUCAUAUAAUAUUGAGUUUCUUUGGUUUGCACUGAGAUUUUUUUUGGUGGACAUCAUAAAUUCCUCCUAAAUCCAUCUGUGACUUGCAUCUCCAUCUGCACGAAUGACAUGCUGAGAUAAAUGUGGAUCGUCCAGACUUCCAGCACCCCACUAUCCAUGCGUUCUCUUGUUACUUUGUUUAUACGUGUGUUCUGUUACUGUUAUUAAUGGCAAGAUUUUCCCAGCCAAAAAAAAAACAAGAUGUUCAAAAAUAUAUCAAGUGAUAGCCAUGACAGAGACCGGAGAGAAAAGAAAAGCCCACAGAACAGAUCUACACUGUGUGCUUAAUGCAUGCUUCCAUCAGUGCUGGAUGUUGCUGAGACGCAUUGGCUCGUCAGUCGGUACAGUCAGGUGUAAUAUUGAUGAUAUACCAACCCACUGCCAAUGAUAUUUUGUUAUAAUUACAGAGUGUGGAGAGAAUUCUGCAAGACCAGGAUCUUAGAGUCUUCCAUAGCCUCUGGAUCUAGUUAUGACAAGAGGGAUUUUUUUAUACAGCCGAAUAAAAGAUGAUAUACGUUUUGCGCCUUUAAGACAUUUUAAUUUAGUACGAGAGAGUAACUUCUGUGAAAGUGCUGCCUCGUAGCUUCCAAGGUCUUGAUGGCCCUCUCAGCAUAGACCAUUGUUUGCUAGGUAGAUUAGCCGCUUAACCAAGAGAUUGCACACCAUAUUUGCUGGUAAACCGUAGUGUUGCUCUGUGCUAGUUUACAAUACAUGUAGGUGACAUUGCUCUUUAGAUUUCAAUCAUUUUUCUUUAGAUGUUAAGCAUGAGCUGACCCCCUGGAAUAGACCUACAUUAGCAGGAUAUGUCUCAUCAUAGGUGCUAAGUGUCAGGUAGAAAAAAAAAGAUGAUACUUCCUCAUCAUCAUGUGGGCACCACAGACUCGGUCUCCUGACAGAAGUUGUGGUUCGAUAUGCUUCAUCAAAUUCUCAGGCUCUUCAGGAUCAUAUCACCAUUAUGUGCACUUGAUCUUUGGAAGACAGACCGAAUUUACAUCUUGGAUAUUAUUAGUUAAAGUUCUCUCUUCUACUUGAACGCGCCAUGAUGGUAAGGCUGAUCUAACCCAUGGAUAAUAAGCAUGCAUGUCAAGGAACUUGGAACGUUCGAGAGCCUGGAUUUUCUCUCAUUACUUUAUGCUAGUUUGUGCAUUUCAAAAAAAAAAUUAAAAGAAGAAGAAGAAGAAAAAAAAUACAUUGCGACCGCAAGACGUAAUCAAACACAUACAUUCUGUAUGCAGUUGUCUAUGAGCAUGCUUCUCUGUUACUACUAUAAUUGAGGAUGAAUGAAACAAACGGAUCGAGAUUCAAUGCCCAUAACUCAACCUAACUGCACUGAAGAUUCAUCUCUGAGUUUGCUGCUUGAGACAAUCACACAGAACUUCUCUGUUCAUCCGGAAACUUCUUCAUCUCUUCCCUGCUCCAUUCUGAGCUCCAACUCGACAAGGAAAAAAGAUCCAUACUUUUGCUUUUUGUUUUUACUUGUUUUCUUUCUUUUUUUGUGAAUUUAAUGAGGAAAAUGCAAACUGCAUGCACAAUAUAUGAUUUUAAUUUCUAAAAACAGAUUUAAAAGAAAAAAAAGGUUUUAUGGAAAUAAUAGUGUAAAAGACAAAUCUAGCAGUAUUUAAGUUUUCUUUUACAAAAAAAAUGAAAGAGGAAGAAAAAAUAAAUGGCCAUUUUGAAAA